AUGGGUUCUAAACAAAAGAUGCAGCAUGUAUUGUGCAUGCCAGCACCAGGCCAAGGCCAUAUUAACCCAAUGAUAAAACUUGCAAAAAUCCUUCACUCCAAAGGCUUCCUUAUCACCUUCGUCAACACGGAGUUCAACCACCAACGCCUCCUCCGAUCUCAGGGCUCCGACGCCCUAACCGGCUUCCCUUCCUUCCGCUUCGAGACCAUUCCUGAUGGCCUUCCAACGCCUGAAAACCCCGAUGCCACCCAAGACGUGCCAUCCCUUUGGAAGGCCAUGGAUGAAAAGUUUUUGGUUCCGUUUAAAAGUCUCCUUAACAAACUGAGUGCUUCGGAUUCACCCGUGACUUACAUAGUAGCCGAUUUCAUUAUGAGCUUCACCCUUGAAGCUGCCACGGAAAUGGAUAUUCCGGAGAUACUCUUUUGGACAAGUGGAGCUGGUUCGCUAUUAUGUUUCGAGCAGUACCCAAAUCUUUUGGAUAAGGGUUUGAUGCCCCUUAAAGAUUCGAGUUAUUUGGUGAAUGGAUAUUUGGAUACAAUCUAUGACUGUAUACCUUCAAUGUCUCGUAUACGCCUAAAAGAUAUCCCUCCUUUUAUUAGAAUCACCAACCCUGGUGAUGAAUACAUGGUUGAAUUCUUUACUAGACAAAUAGAGAGAGCGAAAACGGCUUCCACCAUCGUUCUCAACACGUAUCAUGAACUCGAACCCAACAUUCUCGACGCCCUUUCUUCUAUAUUUCCUCCUUGCUACGGAAUUGGCCCUUUGAAUCUACUCGAGAAGGAAAYWGUUGACAAAUCUCUAGCGUCCAUCAAAUCAAACCUUUGGAAAGAAGAGACGGAAUGUUUAAAAUGGCUAGACUCGAAAGCGCCAUUGUCAGUUAUUUAUGUGAAUUUUGGUAGUAUCACGGUGAUGACGCCUCAGCAACAAGUCGAGUUUUGUUGGGGACUCACGAAGAGCAAUUAUACAUUCUUAUGGAUUAUAAGACCAGACCUCGUGAUUGGCGAUUCUGCUAUGCUUCCAUCGGAUCUUAUGGCAGAGAUAAAGAGUAGAGGGUGGUUGUCUAGUUGGUGCCCUCAAGAACAAGUUCUAAAACACCCAUCAAUCGGAGGAUAUUUAACACACAGUGGAUGGAAUUCGACAAUCGAGAGUAUUUCCAGUGGAGUUCCAAUGAUAUGUUGGCCGUUUUUCGGAGACCAACAGACGAAUUGUUGGAUGUGUUGCAACAAGUGGGGGGUUGCGAUGGAGAUCGACAACAACGUAAAGAGSGAUGAAGUAGCGAAACUAGUGAUUGAGAUGAUGAAUGGAGAAAAGGRAAAAGAGAUGAGGAAGAAUGCCAUUGAAUGGAAGAAYAAGGCUGAAGAGGCAUGUGCCUUUCCGUACGGUUCAUCCAUGGUUAACAUGGAGAAAGUGAUUCGUAUGCUGCAAACAUCUCCAAAAUAAGUCCUAUUUAAAAGUGAACAUUACUUUGCUUGUGCUUUUACAAUUUAUUUGGAACAAUGUCGUCCUGUAAU